CCUUUAUAUCAUCAUCGUGAAGUUACAACGAAUAAAGAAAAGUAGAAAGGAAGCUGAAAGCUUUGUUGUUUGUAGCCUCUCUUAGAUAUGCAUGAACGCCCAUUUGCAGUAGCCUUUCUCGCUGCUUUGUCAGUCAUUGGGGCGCUUUUUGUCGCGAAAUUGAUCGAGAUUCCUGAAUGGACGAAGUUGAACGUUGGCCUUGUCUCCCUCGCUGCGGUGAUUUGCUUGAUGAAUUAUGUGAAUGAGUACCAUGGUCUGUUCCAACUCAGCUACAGCAAAUUCUCUUCAAAGUCGUCAGGCCUGAUAAAUGCCCGUGUGGGCUGGACUAUCACCUAUGGCCUUCCUGUGGUGGUAUAUAUUGCACUAUGGGUUUACCAGGGCAUGCCGUACCGACAUAUUCACAAGAUCGCCUUGGCAUCAUAUGUCGCACACUUUGUCAAGCGCAUCUUGGAGUGUAUAUUUCUCCACAAGUAUUCAAGAGAUAUUGAGUUAUCAUCAGUUAUUGAGAUUGGUGCAUUCUAUUCUCUUGGUGCUGUGAUUCAGCAUUACUGGUGCAACAUGUACACAAGUGAUACUACAGCGCAGCGCCUGUCUAACAAUCAGCUGCUCAUAACGGCAGGGCUCAUAGUCUAUGCUAUUGGGGAAAUGACCAAUUUUCAACACCAUCUAAUACUAGCUAAUCUCAGGCCUGUAGGCUCUGCAGCUGGGAAAUAUGCUGUGCCAACUGGAGGGCUGUUUGAUGUGGCCAUUUGUCCUCACUACUUUGGUGAACUGAUGGCGUGGUUGGGGAUGGCUAUCGCAGGACAGCACUUUGCGCUGUACCUCAGUUGGCUCACCAUGGUAGCAUAUUUGGCAGGUCGUAGUCAUCAGACCAGACACUGGUAUAUAAAGAAGAUUGAGAACUUUCCCCAAGAUCGCUGGAAUCUCUUUCCUGGUAUUUACUGAAAUGAACAGGAUUUUUCCUUAGCCAUACUUAAAGACAUUGUUUAUUAGCCAUCCUCCCCCCCCCCCCCCCUCCCCCCUUGGGUACCGGACACUGUUAGUUUAGUUUUACUUUAAACAACUAUUUUUUUUAACUUCAUUAUUAUGGAUUAAACAUUGUUUUAGGAA